CGUGGUUUCAUAUGUGUGUGUGUUUGUGUGUUAAAAUUGUCUUCCUGGUAACAAUGUGGGGUGAGUGUUAUUUAGUUGAGGAAAUUGUCAUAAUUGAUAUUUAUUAUUACUGCAAUAUGUAUUCAUCAUUAUAGUAUCGCUAUUAUUGUUGUUGGACUGGUGGACCCGUGUUUUAGCGAGCGCGUCUGCCUCACAGUUGGGAGUUUCAGGAAUUCAAUCCGGGCUCGGGCCUUCCUGUGUGGAGUUUACAUCUUCCCCCAUGCUUGUGCAUGUGUAGCUUUUCUCUAAUUUCACCCGUUGCGUGAAUAUGAGUGUUUGAGUUUAUGUGCCCUGUGAUUGGCCGGUGACCAGUCCAGGGUGUACCCUGCCUCUCUCCCAAAGUGAGCUGGUAUAGACUGCAGCUUCCUCUCUGACCCGAAUAAUGACACGCCCAUUUGAAAGUGGAUAGUAGGAUUGUUCUUAUUCUAGUGCAUAAGACACUUGACUGUUUAACACACUUAUCGCAAGAUGUUCCCUCAGGACAUGGCAGUGCAAUAGAAGAUCUUUGUGGAAGGAUCAGAGGAGUCAACAAGGAAGUGAGAUGGAGAAGAUGAAGCCGGAAGCCAAAAAGAAAAAGCCUUCCAAACUACCUCCCUGGCCUCCAGAGCCUCAAAGAAUUGAUGCAGAGAAAUUGGACAAGCCCACCCCUGUGGUUCCUCCGCGACCCAAGCACAAUGAUCUGAGUCAAAUGCAAUUUCUCCUGAAAAGAUUAGACAUGGAUGGUGAGGCCAAUCGAAACAUGCCACAAAGCGAGCCAAAGGAGAAAAAGCCAGAAAUUCCCGUACCGGCGCCUAGACGAGCAGAAAAGAGGAGGACCUGGACGACGAGACACAGUCAGUGCAACAGCGACCACAAGCAGAUUUCUGCCGGAAGUGUCCAAUCAGAUGCGGCGACUGACACCAAACAGACUCGUCCAUCUGUCCUGACGGCCAAAGUUCGACGAAGCCUGAAAGUCAAAAAAAUGUCAUUCAUUAGUCAUGUGACUGACAACCAGGACAGAGGUGAUGACGCUCCGGACAAAAAGACCACUUCCAUCAAACCGGGUGUCCUAAAGGGGGUAAUGAAGCACCUCAAGUCCACAAGCAAGGUCGGCGGCGGCAGUGGAGGCGAUCUCGAUCCCGACAAAGAAGCGGCGGAAAAGGAACGGAUGGACGGUAACAAAGUCAAACAGGACAAAAGUGCAGAAUCCAAACAAGAUGAGAGCAUGGAGAAAAUGAUGUCAGCCAGCAAUGAGGAUUUAUCGGGAAAAGCGGAAAAGGAUCGAGGGCUGUUUGGCGUCUUCCUGAAAAAGUCCCACAAAGGAGAGAGGGCUGACUCACCGGAUAGCGAGGAGGACAAGGAGCAAGUGACUACAAAGGCAGUGGGCGGCGAUGAUGUGGCCGAUAGGGGCAUUCCCAAGGAUAAAAACCUUUUCAGCAACAUGUUCAAGAAGCCUCAGAAGCCAACAGAGGGCGAUAAGGAAGCCCUCGUCAAGAGUGAAGUGGCGGCAUCUGGGAGCUUGGAGAACUUGUCCGAAAACGUCCCCAAGGUGAAAAAGGGAGGCCUGGCGGGCAUCUUCAGAAGAUCCAACAGCCAAGACAACCUGCUGGAUGAGGGAAAAAGUAUUUUCAGUGGCAUGUUCAAGAAAACGCCGAAAGCAGGCGACGAGGCGUCAAAUGGCGAUGAGGAAAAGAAGCUCUUAUCGGCCAGCAAUGAAAACUUGACAGAAGAAAAUGCCCCAAAGGAAAAGAUGGGAGGUUUGGCGGGAAUUUUAAAAAAGUCGCCCAAAACAGCACCACGCUCCCUCGCCACCAAGGAUCCUCAUAGUGAUGGCAAUCAGGAAGAAAGUAUCAAGGAUGACUUGUCAGGAGACGAAUUAGCAGGCCCUCCUGUCGAUCUUGAAGCUGCCACUGCAAAGGAGAAAAAAGGAGGCUUCACUGCCAUGUUCAAGAGGAUGCCCAAAACCGCUGACAAACAUGACAAUGAUAAGGACGAGGAGGCGGCGCCAUCUGUGGGCGGGGGGCUGAAACGCAGGAGGACCAUCAAGAAAAAAAGACGAGUUGUAUCCUUCAGAGUCAAGACAACUCUUCCCAAGAUGCCAAAACUCAACGAGUCGUCACAGGCCCAAGAAAAGAUGCCGGUCAUUGAGGAGAGUCUGGAGAUGCAGGAGAUGAUUCCGGCACAGAGUACAUUUGAGAUCCAACCGGUGGAGCUGGCCGCAUACCCAACUGGGGGAAACCCACUGGAAUCCGAGGAGGUGUGUGUGCGCCGCCACCAUCCGCAUCCCCAUCAGCAUAACAUGACAACAUGAGGUCAAAGUUGAAUGUCGUGUUG